CUGGAUUAACAGACGUCAAGACGUUAAUGGGAUGAAGCUGAAAUCUGGAGAGGAAGGAGCAGAAAUAGACGUGGUCAGGUCAGGAUAACCCCCCACCCCCCCAGCACAGCACUUUGUUUAUGUCUGUCGGAGGAGUCGCACCUUCAGCCGGCGGCAGUGGGCGGAGUCUGACCUCCGUUUUUCCCAUCAGGCACUGCACCAGAAUGAAGCUCCUGCUGGGCGUGACGCUGCUGCUGGUGAACCUGAGCGUCCUGCUGUGUUCUCCUGCAGACCAACCCGAGCCCGCCUCAGACAUCCUGAAGCAGUUGUCCCGGGAUGGCGAGACGCUGGUGGACGAGGAGCUGAGGAGGGCCCUGUACGGCGUGAAGCAGCUGAAGGAGGUCAUGUGGAAGAACGAGCAGAAGCACGAGCAUCUGAUGAAGUCCUUGAGGCACAGCGUCGACAAGAAGAAGGGGGCCGCACAGCUGACGAAGGAGGUGACGGAGAAGCUGGAGGAGGCGGAGGAGCGCUGCAAAGACUCGCUGCAGUCGGAGUGGGAGCAGUGCCGGCCGUGUCUGGAGGACGCCUGUAAGAACUUCUACUCCUCCACGUGCCGCAGGGGCUUCGCCACCUUCCACGCCAAGGUGGAGAACUUCUUCCAGAGAGUCUCCAGCCGCUUUGGAUCCGGCAGAGCUCCGGUGGAGGCCGGCGACAUCCUGGUGAACCAGGACCCCGACGACCCCGAUGACCCCGACGCGGACGUGGUUCAGAUGGAGGACUCCUUCAACCGCGUGAUGCGCCGAGCGGGCGCUCUGGUCAACCGCAGCAUCAGCCUGGUGUCCCGGAUGGGCGGCCGCCUGGACGCGGCGCUCCAGAGGGCGCUCCUGACGGACCCGCCCACCGCAGACCCCCUCGAUCCGGGCCGGGAUUCGGGCUUCCUGCAGGGGGUGGGGGUGGAGGAGGUGCUGGAGUCCUUCUUUGACUUCGGGAGGAGCGUGGUGGAGGAGUUCGGAGCGGUGGUCACUCAGGUGUUUGAUGACCUCCAUCGGGCGGUGGAGGAGCAGAACCAGAGAGACAGAGCGGCGUUCCCUCGCUUCCUGCAGGACAGGAAGCUGUGCAGAAACCUGCGCCGACAGACGUCCGAGUGCUGGCAGCUGCAGGGCCGCUGCGAGGCCUGCCAGGGGCCUCUGCUCACAGAGUGUCCCGGAGUCCGGGAGCUGCACGUGGAGCUGGACGAGGUCUCCCAGCUGCUGGAGGUGUCCAAGCAGCAGUACCAGGAGAUCCUGUCCAUCGUCCAGCGCCACGCCGACCAGACGGUCAGCUGGAUCAGCAGCAUGGCGGCCGAGUUCACCUGGGUGGCUCGGGCCGUGAGCAACAGCAGCUCUCCGGAACACCUUUUCCGCAUCACCAAGGUGGCACCAGAGAGCAGCGAUGAGCUGAACCUGACCGCCCCCAGAACCACCGUGGAGGUGAGCGUCCUGGACUCCCCGCCCUUCAUCCUGUCGGUCCCCGGCGAGCUGGGGGUGCAGGACCCCGCCUUCAUUCAGCGCGUGGCCCUGGAGGCUCUGGACAAGUACAAGGACACGGUCCGGAUGGAGGACGAAUGAAGUCUUCACCUACAGCAGAUUCCUCCUCAUCUUCAC